GAUACACAUUGGAAGUUUUCCUCUUCUCCGCAAUUUGAUUCCUUCGCCUCCUUCUCAUUUCCUCACUACCGUACACAACAAUCGCUAACAAACUUCCUUUCCACAACCUUUAUUCCCCCCUUCUGCUAGGCCUGCAGCUACACAGUUGGUCAACUCACUGCUGCCAACUCAAAAUCUGUUCGAUUGAUCUUACUUUGUUUGGGAAUUGGAAAGAGUUAAGUCGAUUUGUUCAUGGAUCAGCUUUCCUGUUCAGAAACUGACUUCCUUUCUCCCUCUGAAUUGCCAGCUUGUCAAGUCUGCAGCUGAACGAUUCCUUGGUGGGUUCAGUUUGUUGUGGAUUAAAGUAGCGAUCUUUUGAUUACUCAACCAGUUUCAGAUUCUGGGUUGCUGGUUUCUUCUUAACCCUUUUGAUCAUUUUUGUAGUUCUUGAGUUGCAAACGAUUACUGGCUGGGUUUUGUGAAGGGUGGGGGAGGGGGUAAAUGGGAAGGUAAUGUUAUGGUCAAUGGUAGAAGCGAAGGAAAGAGUUCAUCAAUUGUGAGGGGAGCAGAAAGAGAUGAGAAUUUGAACUUGUAUAGUGGUGGUAGUGAACAGCAACGCAAGGGUGAACGAUCAUCAGAGAGAAUUGUGAUGGAGGCUAGUGAAGGAAGAGGGUUUUCUUCAGAUUUGUAUAGGAACACAAGUGAGGAGAUGUUCAUCAAGUCCUUGAUGGAAAGCUCGAUUGGGAUGCCUGCACCAACAAUGGAGAUGCUAGGGUUUAAGAAUCUCCACCACAAUUUUCGGACCGAUAGCGAGGAGCUCUUCAAGAGCUGGCUUACUACUGGUACUGGAGAGAAUCAUGGUUAUGGAACACCAAGCAUUGCACAUCGAACGCGACAAUCAUCUAAGAGGAUGUCCACUGAAAUAUCAAAUUUGUCAGGUCAGCAACAAGGGCAGGCAUCUCUGCAAAAGAAAAGAAGUACUGAUGUGCUGUCGACACAAAAUAAUCAUCCAACAGCAGACGAUGUCUCCAAUCGACAAUCGAACAACAAGGGCGCUGUUGACAGAAACACGCAGGCUAGUAACUUAUACAUGGCCAAGGCCUGGUUUCAAAGUUCUCAACCCAUGACUCGGAGCAGAUCCUCUGAACUAAGGAGGAGAUACGUUGCCAUGCAAACUACUGGAGAGAAUGAUGAAAGUGGAUUACCGAAACAAGAGUUUUCAAAUCCUAGUGGACUCGGCAGUGAUCUCCUCAUGCACGAUGUGACGAAUCAAUUUGGAACAUUCAAUACUCCACACACGGGGAAUAUGGAUAAUGUCUCUUCAGUGGUGAGCAUGUUGAAGGGAACCCUCGAACGCAAGAAGCAGCUGGGCAAUCAUGAAACUGUCGAAGAAGACAGCUCCAAUUCGAUCUAUCAUCACAGUCAUGGUCAAGAAGUUAUGAUGAUGAAUAGCUUCAAUCAGGGAAAUGGGGAUGGGAUGGAUAGCUUACAGGCGCUUGCAUCUGCAAUAGCAAAGAACCCCAUGUCUGCUGGGCUUUUGGAGACGGUUCAGGAAGUUGUGGAUUUUGAGAUGGAAGGAUAUGCAAAUCAUCCUGUCAACCCAAUGCAGACGAACACGAUUUCUCGAGAGCCUUCUUCUCUGAGUGAAUCUUCAGCUGCUGCACCAGUUGUUUCAUCUGGGUUUGAUGCAUGCGAUGGUCCGAGCAACUCGAGUCAAAAUGUGACCACUUGUGAGAGCUCAAAGAAAGCAGUUGGGAAUGGUUCAGAGCAAGGUGGUAGAGCCAAAGAGUUUAGAGGAAGGAUAAUUGACAGUCUGAAAGAUGAUAAAAAGAGAGGUAAAGGGCUUGUCCGGCAUGGAUCAGUGACAUCAGCUAGUUCAGUGGACACAGGAGACCCAACCAAGAAGCGUAGGGUGGAGCGCUCUCGCAAGAUGGCCGAAGCAAAGGAGAGGAAUUUGACACCUGUGGUGCCCUCCGAUAUGCAGUCAGUGAUGAAAAGGUGUGAGAACCUUGAAAAGGAAGUAAGAUCACUCAAACUGAACUUGUCUUUCAUGAACAGGAAGGAUUCUGAGCAGACUAAGCAGAUCGAAGAGCUUCAGAAACGGAACGAGGAUUUGACAGACGAGAAAGAACGCCUGCUGGAGGAGAUUGAGAGGAUAAUGUGUGAAACCGGCAAGGUCUGAAGCGUUAUAUUAUAACUACGUGGAUGGGGAAUGCUGACACUUGGUUCUUUCUGCAGCCUGCAGGCUAAACUUUAUUUGUUAGUGUUGGUAGAGAAGAGUACAGGACAUAGCAACCGUAUCAUCCUCAUUCACUUGUCUUACACAUGCUCAAAUCAUCAGAAAAAUUCAUAGGACCGACCAUUUGUGACGAGAUUAGGGUGGUUGAUAAAUGUUCUACAGCAACUGUAUCUCUACAAAACUAGUUGCAGCUUCAAAUAUUUUUCAGAUUUAACACUUGAUAAAUUUCCAAGUGUUCGAUCUCGACUCGAUUCUUCCCGUUGCAGAGAGUUCGGUUGGGUGUAUCAAAUUGUACAAUCUCAAAUAUAUGGAAUAGGAAGUA